AAAUUAAGGAAAAAAAAAAUGUAAAAAUAAACGCAAAAAAGAAUGCCUCUGAGAGAGAGAGAGAGAGAGAGAGAGAGAGAGUACCUGACGUUCUCAAAAAUCUGAACCAACGACUCGCCGACCACCUCUUUUCCUUUUCGGAAAACCUCCCCCAUAAGAUUUCCAAAAUUCCUAUUUAAGUCGCCCCCAUCAUUUUUUUUCCCUCUAAUUUUCCGCUUCAUCAUCCACUCUUUUCCCUCCAAACUAGGAUUUUCUUAUUUCUUUCUCCUAAUUUUUUCCCUUUUUUUUUUUUGAUCUUUUUUGUAAUUUUGGAAGAGCGAGAAUCUCUGAUCCCGACCGGCAAAUCUCUAAUCUCUGGCCACAGGCGAAGCCAUGAAGCACAACGCAGCCAGGAAGAAGAAGAAGAAGAGCUCAAAGCCUCCUCCUCCUCCUCCACCAGCACCACCACAACCACCAUCGAAGCAAGUCCAAGUCCAGAAAGGGGACGACGAAGAGCAGAAGCUGGUGGUCAAAGCGUUGACUGGAGCUUUCUCUUCGGCUUCUUUAGACGACUCUAUCUCCGCCUAUCGCCAAGCCCAUGGAGAUCCUGACAGAGCUGCGAUGAUCCUGGACCGAGCUUUGCUUGACAAUGCCGACGACCCUUCUACCAGUUCUUCUUCUUCGUCGUCGUCGUCAAGUGGGGUUUCGUCGUGUUCGGGUUUCGGAUCCUCCUCCGACGGGUUUGUGGAGUCGGGUUGUAUUCAGAAUUUGGUGAACGAAAGGCGUUUCAAAGGGAGCAGCAACAACCAGAAGAAGGUGAUUGCUGCUACGGGUACCGUUUCGACUGUUUUAGGGAAGGAAUACGUGAUGUCGACUCCCAGAAAGGUUUCGAAGAUGAAGGGUUUGGGAAAUGGGAUUGCAGCCAGAGAGGAAGUUGAGCAGUUUCUCUGCUCUAUGCUUGGAGAUGAUUCCGGGUUGAGCUUUGCCGUUGUUCGAGAUGUACUUUGUCAGUGUGGAUAUGAUGUUGAAAAGGCCUUGAAUGUGUUGCUUGACUUAUCAUCUUCCCCAUACGAGCAGUCUGCCAGUGGAUCAAAUGAUAGUUUGAGCCAUAAAGAAGAUACUACAGACCCUUUGGACUAUUCUGACAUUCUAACAGAUAGAGCAUCUGAUUGCACUUCUCAUUCAUCUGAGUGCGAGCUACAGGAUAACAUAUGGUCUGUGGGCUGUAAUUGCAGGAAUUAUGCGAAGGCCCUUGCAAGUGCUGAUGCUCGUCCUACUAGUGCAAGUAGUAACGCAUCAAAUCUCUCUCAAAAGGUGUUGGAAUCUUUGUUUAACAUCCCAAAGAGUCCUGAAUAUGAACCAAGCACCAUGGAUUGGAGGAAUGUUGCUAAGAAAUUGCAGUCAUUGGGACCCCAGUUUGAUGUUUAUCCAUCUAGUAAUGCAGAUCAGCAGCAGGAUGUUUAUGCAAAAGGAGAUGAGUAUCAUGCAUUUAGGAAAAACGCAACACAGCACUGGGAUUCAGUGAGAUCUUGCUAUCAGAAGGCUGCAACUGCACAUUCAAAGGGAUCACGGGAAUAUGCUGCUUACCUUUCCGACCAGGGGAGAGCACAUAAAAAGUUGGCACGAGAAGCUGAUGAGCAGGCCAGCAAGGAUAUAUUUAUAGCUAGAAACAAAGGCAUAGAAAAUGUGAUUACAAUUGAUUUGCAUGGGCAACAUGUUAAACAAGCAAUGGGCCUCCUAAAAAUGCACCUCCUAUUUGUAUCCUAUGUGCAAACGGUUCAGAUUCUCAGGGUUAUCACGGGAUGUGGGACACACGGUGUAGGCAAGUCAAAGCUGAAACAAUCGGUCAUUAAACUUCUGGAAAAGGAAGGUAUUGGAUGGAGUGAAGAGAAUCGUGGUGUGGUGCUUGUCAAGUUAGAUGGCAAGAAAGAAUUUAGCUUUCUGAAUGCUGAGAGUGACUCCGAGUAACCAUGUUUUGGUGUGUCUGCUCUUUGUGUUCACUUCUGAGUUCAAUGAGCAUCAUGCAUCAUGGAUGGUAUGCAAUAGGAGCAAUAAGUGCAGAGUCAUCCAUUAGUUUGAUGUAUGUUUUGUUGAAGCUUGUUGUUAAGAUCACAAUAGUACAUCUAGUGUAGCCUCACCACUCAUGUAAUUAGUAGUGUUAAAGGCUAGAUAUCCAAUAUGUGCAUGUGCAAAUACUCCUACGACAGACAGGCGAAACCUAGGUUAGUAUACAUGUAAAAAGCAGCAUGUAUCUAACUGUAAAAAAUUUUAAUGCAUAUUUAACUUGAUCAUGACUAUAUUACUGACAAUGAUGUAUGCACCAUGCAAAUGCAUUUGAUAGUUAUCUAUUUUCACCUUUGAAUGA